AUGAGAGUCCGCAGAGACCUCGGCUGGCUGGCGGAAGCGACGGAGCCCCCAGGUGGCGGGGGGAGCCCCAUGCUGGAGGCCAUGGAGAUGCCGAGCCACUCCAGACAGCUGCUCCUGCAGCUCAACACGCAGCGGGCCAAGGGCUUCCUGUGCGACGUGAUCAUCGUGGUGCAGAACGCGCUGUUCCGCGCGCACAAGAACAUCCUGGCGGCCAGCAGCGUCUACCUGAAGUCGCUGGUGGUGCACGACAACCUGCUCAACCUGGACCACGAGAUGGUGAGCCCGGGCGUCUUCCGCCUGGUGCUGGACUUCAUCUACACCGGCCGCCUGGGCGAGUGCGAGCCGGGCGAGCAGGGCCUGGGCGCCGUGCUGGCGGCCGCCAGCUACCUGCAGGUGCCGGCCCUGGUGGCUCUGUGCAAGAAGAAGCUGAAGCGGACGGGCAAGUACUGCCACCUGCGAGGCGGCUACAGCCCCUACGGCAAGAUGGCCAGGGGGCUGCGGGCCGCCACCCCCGUCAUCCAGACCUGCUACUCGGCUGCCCCCCGGCCUGUGGACAUGCAGCCUGGCGAGCCCCACAGCACCCAGUGCGGGGAGCUCUAUGCCUCUGCCUCCCAGGGCACCGCCCUGCACCAGCCUGGGCUCUGCCCACCCGAGAGGCACUGCUCUCCCCCCUGUGGCCUGGACCUCUCCAAAAAGAGCCCCACCAGCCCUUCCUCCCAGCUGCUGCCCACAGACAGACUCCACCCGGGGGACAGCAGGGAGCCCUUGCUGCCCCCCGGACACGACAGCCCCCCGGGCAGCGCUUCUCUGCUGGCCAACCACAGCUCCGCCUACAAAGACCCUCCCCAGGUGGGCGAAGGCGUGAUCCACCCCGCGGAGCGCUUCCGUGGCAGCCCGCCCUGUGCCGAGCCCCUUGCCCGGGCCGAAGGCCGCGACUUCCUGUACCGCUGGAUGAAGCACGAGCCCCCGGGCAGCUACCUGGAGGAGUGUGAGGCGGAGAAAGAGCCUGAGCGGGAGGAGAAGGCCGAGUCGCCCCCGCAGUCCCGCUACCCCAGCAUCGAGAGCAACGAGCUGGAGAACGACAACAGCACCAGCGAGGACACGGGCAGCAGCGAGGGCCCAUCCCCCGGGGGCACCCUGGGCCCCUACUGCAGCCACCUGGCCUACGAGCCCGAGAGCCUGGGGGACAACCUGUACGUGUGCAUCCCGUGCGGCAAGGGCUUCCCCAGCUCGGAGCAGCUCAACGCCCACGUGGAGGCCCACACCGAGGAGGAGCUGUACCACAAGGCGGCCUCGGAGCAGGCCGGCCCCUUCCUGGACAAAGGUGGCCAGAGCCUGGGCGACAUCAUCCGGCCCUACCGCUGCUCCUCCUGCGACAAGGCCUACAAGGACCCGGCCACGCUGCGGCAGCACGAGAAGACGCACUGGCUCACACGGCCCUACCCCUGCACCAUCUGCGGCAAGAAGUUCACGCAGCGCGGCACCAUGACGCGGCACAUGCGCAGCCACCUGGGCCUCAAGCCCUUCGCCUGCGACGCCUGCGGCAUGCGCUUCACCCGGCAGUACCGGCUCACCGAGCACAUGCGCAUCCACUCGGGCGAGAAGCCCUACGAGUGCCAAGUGUGCGGCGGCAAGUUCGCCCAGCAGCGCAACCUCAUCAGCCACAUGAAGAUGCACGUGGCCGGGCCCGACGGCAAGGCCAAGCUGGACUUCCCUGAGAGCGUCUUCGCCAUGGCGCGGCUCACGGCCGACCAGCUGGGCCUCAAGCAGGAGAAAGCGGCCGAGCUGCUGUCGCACACCUCACACUUCCUCAGUGACCCCAAGGGCCUGGAGAGCCUGUACCCGCUGGCCCGGUUCACAGCCGAGCACCUGGGGCUGAGCCAGGAGAAGGCGGCCGAGAUGCUGGGUUCAGCCUCACACCUGCACAGCGAAGGUGGCCGGAGCAUAGAGUGCUAUUCCCCCACCUAA